CGCGGAGACAGCGGGCAGCGGCGAAGCGGCCGGGCCGCCCCCCGCGUUGUGUAACCCCGCGGCGGCCGGUUAUGUAAAAGGGGCUCGAGCGGGGCUCGGGGUGCCCGGCCCUGGGCCUCGCUGCGGCGGUGGCCGGGGGUGAAAACACCGUUUCCCUGCGCUAACGCCAGGCCUCGGAGCAGCGCGUGUGGGUGCUGCUCUGGCGGCUCCCCUGUGGGAGAUGAGUGUGCAUAUUUGCUUCUGAAGGACUAUCGGGAGCCUCCUGGGUUAUCUGGUCUGAUCCCUUGUUAUUACAGGAGGAAGCAUCUCCUUAUUCUUUGCUUGACAUCUGUUUGAAUUUCCUGACCGCCAGCCUAGAGAAGUUUUGCACAGAAAGGCAAGAUGGGACGCUCUGCUUGCAGGAGCCGGGGAUGUUUCCUCAAGAAGUGGCUGAUCGAUUGCUGCAGACGAUGGCAUUUCACGGGCUGCUGAAUGACGGAACUGUGGGCAUCUUCCGAGGCAACCAGAUGCGUUUGAAACGAGCUUGUAUCCGGAAAGCAAAAAUCUCUGCUGUGGCUUUCCGGAAAGCAUUCUGCCAUCACAAGCUGGUAGAACUUGAUGCUACUGGAGUGAAUGCAGAUAUAACAAUCACAGACAUUAUAAGUGGACUUGGCAGCAAUAAAUGGAUCCAACAAAACCUUCAAUGCCUUGUGCUGAACUCAUUAACUCUUUCUUUGGAAGACCCCUACGAAAGGUGCUUCAGCCAGCUAUCCGGGCUUCGUGCGUUGAGUAUUACCAAUGUUCUGUUCUACAAUGAGGACCUGGCAGAUGUUGCUUCACUUCCUAGAUUAGAAAGUCUGGAUAUAUCAAACACCUCUGUCACUGACAUAACUGCACUCCUUACUUGCAAAGACCGUCUCAAAUCGUUGACCAUGCACCACCUGAAAUGCUUGAAAAUGACCACAACGCAGAUUUUGGAUGUUAUAAGAGAACUAAAAUAUCUAAAUCAUCUUGAUAUUUCAGAUGAUAAACAGUUCACAUCAGACAUAGCACUUCGUUUACUGGAACAGAAAGAUAUCUUGCCUAACCUUGUGUCUCUGGACAUUUCUGGAAGAAAGCAUGUUACGGAUAAGGCUGUAGAAGCAUUUAUUCAGCAACGGCCAACAAUGCAGUUUGUUGGACUGCUAGCUACAGAUGCCGGCUACUCAGAAUUUCUAACAGGAGAAGGAAACCUAAAGGUGUCAGGAGAAGCAAAUGAAACUCAGAUUUCUGAAGCACUGAAGCGUUACAGUGAACGGGCCUUCUUUGUGAGAGAAGCACUCUUUCAUUUAUUCAGCCUGACACAUGUAAUGGAAAAAACAAAGCCUGAAAUUUUAAAGCUUGUGGUAAUUGGAAUGAGAAAUCACCCCCUGAACUUGCCCGUGCAGUUAGCAGCAAGUGCAUGCGUCUUUAACCUAACCAAGCAAGACUUAGCAGCAGGCAUGCCUGUGCGACUUCUGGCUGAUGUCACUCAUUUGCUCCUGAAGGCCAUGGAACAUUUCCCAAAUCACCAACAGCUGCAAAAAAAUUGCCUUCUUUCACUAUGCAGUGACAGAAUACUUCAGGAUGUUCCAUUUAACAGGUUCGAAGCAGCCAAACUUGUUAUGCAGUGGCUGUGUAAUCAUGAAGAUCAAAACAUGCAAAGGAUGGCCGUAGCCAUAAUUUCCAUUCUUGCUGCAAAGCUUUCAACAGAGCAAACAGCUCAACUUGGUGCAGAGCUCUUCAUUGUUAGGCAACUUCUUCAAAUAGUUAAACAGAAAACAAAUCAGAAUCUUGUAGAUACUACCCUCAAGUUCACACUGAGCGCACUUUGGAACCUCACUGACGAAUCUCCAACAACAUGUCGGCACUUCAUUGAAAAUCAAGGGCUAGAACUUUUCAUGAGAGUUUUAGAGUCUUUUCCGUCUGAGUCAUCCAUCCAACAGAAAGUUCUUGGACUUCUGAAUAACAUAGCUGAAGUUAAAGAACUCCACUCUGAGUUAAUGUGGAAAGACUUUAUAGACCACAUCAGUAAAUUAUUGCACAGUGUUGAAGUGGAAGUCAGCUACUUUGCAGCAGGGAUUAUUGCUCAUUUGAUAUCUCGAGGAGAGCAGGCCUGGACACUAAGUCGCAGCCAGAGGACCUCACUUCUUGAACAACUGCAUUCUGCCAUUUUGAAUUGGCCAACUCCAGAAUGUGAGAUGGUGGCUUACAGGUCUUUCAAUCCAUUUUUUCCUCUACUUGGCUGUUUCAUGACGCCUGGUGUCCAGUUAUGGGCAGUGUGGGCCAUGCAGCAUGUCUGCAGCAAAAAUCCUGCCAGGUACUGCAGCAUGUUAAUUGAAGAAGGUGGUUUACAGCACUUAUACAACAUCAAAGAAAAUGUCCAGACUGAUCCACAUGUACAGCGAAUUGCAAUUGCCAUCCUAGAUAGUUUGGAAAAACAUAUUAUGCGCCAUGGGAGACCACCUCCGUGUAGAAAACAGCAACAAAAUAAACCAAACUGAAAGCUGCAGGUAUAAGAGUGUAAAGUAUUGUCUUUGUAAUAAUCCUUUAUGAUGUGUGUGUAGUUGGAGUAACUCGUAAUAUAGUGGUCACCAUUAAAGUGAUUUGCCAAUAAUUGUGGUACCCAGAACCAUGUAUGGUAACCUAUGGUGAAUGUCAACUUUAAUGGCAACCGCAUAUGCAACCUGUAAAAGGAACCAUGGUCACUGCUUGAGCUGGUCAUACCUGUAGGAUUAUUGCUGGCUACAAAGAGGUGGGACUUGUACAGAUCAAUAUGCACAUCCGGAAAAAAGACUUCUAGGAAUACCUUGUUUUGUGACUUCUGGGACAUAAAGUUAUUUCAUCCCUAUGAUUGCUGUUUAUAAAACUGUUUACCGGUUUGGUGUUUGAAUAGAGCUGUUUGUGAUUGUGAGAUUCAACACUCUUAACAGAUUAAAACAAAAGUGCAUGCAUGCAAGUUACAAUGAGACUUGUAACUAAGGUGACCAAAAUGUCCUGUUGCCUCAUAACUCUUCUGAACACAAAUGGGGUCUUCAAUUUCCUUUUCCUUUUGCCUGCAAGCUGUGUUCUUCUGAUUUCCUCAUUGCUAGAACAAUGCCUUUUUGCAGCUCAGCUCUCCUGAGCCCUCUCUACUUCAUUGGUAAGGUUGGGAUCAGCACUGCAUCAGGGAAAGGGGAAACUUGCUAGAGCAAAGCAAUAGAAACAGGAUUAAAAGGAGACCUAAUACUAAAAGGAUGAACUAAGCUUGCAAUUUUAAGCUUGAUGACAAGAAGUCUUUUUCGGUUUGUUUGUUUGACUGCUUUUGGUUGUGUGUGGGAUUUUUUUCUUUUGCUUUUAGAAGACUGGUAGGGAAAGAAGGCUCAUCGGAGCAAAAUACUGACCUGUCCUUCUCAUCAUGAGGGGAGAUUGCAUGCCUUGAUAGGAGGCCCAGGAUAUUUGGUCAUCUUAUUUAUAAGAGACUAAUGAUUGCUUUGUUGUUUUCUGUAAAUAUUCUGUCAGUAUUGUGCAGUGAAUUAUAUUUCCAAGACAUCACAGUGCAAAACAUCACCCAGUGUUCUGUGUAAACCCUGUGUCAAUUGCAUUGUUUUGUGGAGUGUGAAAUUUUACAUAGAGAUGCUAACUGUAACAACUUACUUCUGAUACCUGUGGGUUUCAAAUGAUGUGUUGAAUGAAAAAUAUUGCACAGUAUACAGAUGCCUGAUAAAAUACAAGUGAUGGAAGCAAGCUACAUGCCAGUUCAAAUUUGCUUUUAUUUCAAGCAUUAUUUCUGUUUAUCUGGUUAGUCUCCAUAUUUCCAUGGCAACUGACUGAUAUUCACAGACUCUUCUGUAAAUGUACUGGUAAUUCAGUUUAAAAAAGGGAAUACUUCUGUUUGGUAGUGUGGCAAGGAUGGCUUUUUCAGGAUGACCGUAUUUUACUAUUUUUAACUCCUUCCCUUCCUCCCAUUCUCCCUUCCCUCCCACCAAAACUCCCAUCCUUCAAAUAAAAACAUCACCUCUAAUCUUUAAUCUUGUGUAUUUCAGCAACUUCAAAAUGGACUGCACCAGUAAUUUCAUCAGUGUUGUGUGACUGUUUUCUGUACUAAAGUAUAACUUGGCCAAUAUCACUUCCCUAUCAUAUUUGGCUGUAUGCAGUUUUCUUGAUUCAAAAAGAAGUGGAACAGGCUGAAGCUUUAAAUUAUGAAGCUUGUUUGGAAAAUGGCCUGCAAGCCUUUCCCACUACCUUUUUGGGAUGUGUCCACUGUGGGACUUUUGCUAUGAAAUACCCACUGCAUGAAAUGGAAAUACAAACUGUCAAAAUUGGUGUUAAUGGAAUAUAAACCAAUUAGUACCACAAGAUUUUAAAAUAAAUAUGACAACGCUCUUUA